AUGGCCCUUCUGAAGCAAGUGAAGGGACAUACAGGAUAUUAUGGCUGUGAUUAUUGUACACAAGAGGGUGUGCACAUUGGCGCACGUAUGACUUUUUCCUCGUUGACAGCUCCCUUGCAUCGUGACUAUGAUUUCCGGACCAGAAAGCAAGAGGAGCACCAUAUAGGUCCAAGUCCGAUGGAGGAGUUAAAUUUUCCCAUGACUGACGGUCUCCCACCAGAUUACAUGCGUAGUGUGUGUCUUGGUUUAGUUCGGAAAUUUCUCAUCUUACUUAGAGCUAUGCCAAUUGGACACGAGGCCAGGCUUUCUUUGGAGUCCUGGAAUCUGCUGAAUGAUAACAUUAAGCAACAGAGUUUGGCUCUGAGUUUUGAUUUCCCCCGAAAAUGUAGAGGUGUCGUAGACCUGGAUCGGUGGAGGACAUCUGAGCUACGACAGUUUCUUCUGUACGUAGGACCCGUUGCGUUGUUUUAUAUCUUACAUCCUGACGUUUACGAAUGUUUCAUCCAUUUAGUGUACAACAUACACCUCUUCUCCCAUUUAUUCAAUUUCGUCAAGAUUUAUGGUUGCUUGGAUCGUUUUUCCUGUUUCCCCAAUGAAUCGGAGCUGGCGCAUUUGAAGCAUUACAUACAUGGGCCAAAACCACCGGCUGUUCGGCUUUACCGCCGACUGGCCGAGCGUGUGGGAUUGGAUGCUGUCGAAAGGAAGACAUUUUCGGGUGAUGUUGCCACUGCAGGAUUUCAUAGGUUUAUUCAUAAGGAUGUCGUUUUUUCGAAAAUCUUUCCCGACAACUGCAUUUUGCUUGAUGGUCAACAAGCUGCCACUGUAGAUUUUUCUGGAGAUACUAUUGAGUACCAGAAAUUCAAAACUGUUCUUCCGUUUUGCACUCACGUACUGAUAUCGACAGACGUUUUAGUUUUUCAAUGCUCCGACUUGCAACACACUCGACUGUUUGCAUCAGUCGACCAAAUAUCUUGUAAAUGCUUAAGUUUUUCCUGCAGAGACACUCAAACUUUUCCGGAUGCACUGAGUGCUCGGCAGGAAGCCCUUGACUCAGGGCAUACCUCCUCUGCGGAGCAAAACGAUGAACGGCUGGUACGUCAAUUCAGGCGAAAACAGUAUGUUUACCAAUCGUAUUACAAUGGUUGCAGUACAAAGAAACGGCUGCUGUCUGAUUUUACAGGCGGGUCGGAUCGUGAUUCCAGUGGUGACACCACUUUGUUUGCGAACAUAGUCAUAAGCCCACCAACUCCAAAAAGAUUGUAG